AUGACACCGGAUGGACCAUCACAGCGCGAUACGAAGGGCUCGGCAAGUCGGGCGAAGGUGGUGUACCGAGCAGGGGCGCACGGUCAAUAUGACGACGCCUCAACAGCUAUUCCACGCCGACUUCCUGCCCUUUCCGGCCAAGCCAAGGAUAUUUCCGACGCGCAGACAGUCGGGAUUGUUGAGGAUAUUCAGGGUGAUGAUGUCCUUGGUCAUGCGGAGCCUCAUGAGGGCGUGGGCGGAGCUGGAGUUGCACAGGAGACCUUGGCCACUAUCGCAAUGGAUGUAGCUAAGGAAGCUACCUCUGCGGAGCCUAUCGACGCCAUGCAGUCGAGGGACAGCAUACUGAACGACUCCGUUACCCGGGAUGUACACGAUCAAAAGUAUUGUGAGGAGCAUCAUGAGGGGCACAGCGCAAAGACAACUCCCAUUUUGCCGACCACGAUGAAGAUCGAGCCCGAGGAGGUUGACCGCACUGUUUUGGGAAAAGUUGAUACAAAACCCCCAACUGAGCCACCUCAAGCUCAAGUCCAAUUUCCCACUCAAUCCUUCUCGGAUUUCGACGCGCAACCUCCUUCUCCCAAGGGCAAGGAAGUGGCUCGAGCCCCAGCAGCGUCCACGACCGGUGCGACUCCUGCAUUGUCCAGCCUGGAUGAAACGAAUGGCUGGGUGCGCAUACCCAUCCCACAGCACUACAGCAGGGUCAGAAACAAGCUCUGGUUCAUCAAGUCGAUAACUCCAAUCCAGCCCGCACCGCCCACCAAGACCCCAAAGAAAGCCACACCAAAGAAACCAGCGCCAAAGAAAGCAACCCCAAAGAAGACAUCGAAAACGCCCAGCAAAUCGGUAGCCACAAAGGCGACACCGAGCAAGAUCAGGCUCAGUCUCAAUCGCAAGGCCAAAAACAAGACUGACGUCGACGCUGAUCCGGUGCACGAGGCGGAUAUCAGGGAAGAGUCGGCGUCUUCUCAUAAGCCGGAUAUGCAGAGUGCUGGCUACUACGACGAAGGCACUGACGACCCGGAUGCCGACGUUGAUGAGGAGGUUAUGUUGCUGUAG